AUGCUUUCUUUCCUAGCAAAGAGAGUUCCAAAAACCACAACAGCGGGACUCAAUCCAAUAAUAUUCGACAAUGGCCGUUCAUCUAUUGAAUUCAAAUCGCCCAAUGACCAAUAUCUCGUCAUAAACCGCUGGCCACCAGCUUCCAGCGAAGCCAAUAGAAACAUUGCAUUGCGUCCACCGCUCCACUGGCAUCGCUAUCAAACAGAGAUGUUUCAUGUUAUCAGCGGAUCAGCCCAAUUUACAUACGACGGACAAAAGAUAGUCAAAACAAAAGGCCAGUCUAUGAUUAUUCCAACUCAAACAUUCCACACAUUCUGCAACGCCAGUACGACAGAAGAGCUAGUGAUUGAGUUUGUAUUGGAGCCGCAGUGGAAAGACAGAGAUGAACGCUUCUUUCGGAAUGUUCAAUCCUACCGCGAUGAUUGUCGUGCAGCCGGUGUCCCUCGAAGUCUUCCACAAGUCUUACUCUUCAACUGGGUAGGAGGUGUAGUACUUGCCUUACCUGGCCCCCCUAUGAUUGCAAGAUUCCUGGGAGUUUUGAUGAAUUGCUUUGGUGGCGUUCUACUUGGGAAGUAUAUUCUAGGAUAUAAAGAAUCAUAUCCAGAAUACUACAAAGCCAAGGUUUAG